AAUAUGCAGUGCAGCGCGAACUUGGACUCGGGCAGUCUUUAGUCUUAUCGCUUUGAUGCAUUUUAGUUUCUGAAUUCUCAAUUUGUCUUAUCAUGCCCCAUGAAGAGACACGCAGAAGAGCAAGAUGAACAUUUACAUAAGGCCAGAAAGAGUGAAAAUACUUCAAGUCCACAUGGACGACCAGCUGCCUUCAGAGUUCAUCCUGCCACGAGAUUCGAGGGAAAAUUUCCAUUUUACAGACAGCCAAAGGAUAUCGGUUGCUUUUCACUGGACGCAGACAGGUUUUUUUACAACGAUAAGAGUCAGUUGAAAUGGCUUUAUAUGCCAGAGAAUGUAAAUAAAGUAAACUUCAAUCUCAGGCAUGGUUACAAAGUAUUUCGGAAAAGGGACGAUAGUGUCAAAGAUUACAUUGACGACUUGUUGAGAUGGAUCCUGGUGAACAGAAAGAAAUUUUUGUUGCCAGGUCAAGACGAAGUAUGUGAUGGUGCAUUUCCUCCUAACCUCCAUACUGAUUUUGUGUGUUGGAGGGGCUUGCUGACCAAGCUGCUGUGUACCCCAUAUGAGAACAAAGAUGGAUGGCUGAUAGGUGUGACCAAGUUUAAUGGCACAUAUUACAUGUGUGAAUAUGACACGCCAGAGAAGAUUGCCGAGAGGGAGACUAUGUCAGAGAGGCAGGAUGAAAUGUGCUACUGGGGUUAUAAGUUUGAGCAGCACAUGGUAGCUGCAAAACCAGACAGUCAACCAGACACUUGUGUUCCUGUUAGUAAUUAUGAAGCAUUUUGUCUUGUUGUAAGAGGAAGACUAAAAGAACAUUCUCUUGUGUUUGCUGGGGAGACUGACUGUUAUGAUACCAAAGAAAAAUGUUAUGUAGAAUUAAAGACAUCAAGAGAGAUAUAUCAGCCAAACCAGGAUAGAAAUUUCAAAAGGUUUAAGUUAAUCAAGUGGUGGGCCCAGUCAUUCCUACCUGCUGUUCCUAAGGUUAUCUGUGGUUUCCGUGACGAUGAUGGCGUGGUCAGACAGUUGAAGACUUACCGCACUCUUGACAUGCCCAACAUUGCCAAGGAUAUCCCCAACCCUUGGGAUCCUGCAGUUUGUAUGAACUUCUGUGAUCAGUUCCUGACAUUUGUCAAGCAAGUUGUUCGAAAAGAUGACCCUAAGAUUGUUUACAUGUUCAAAUGGUAUCCAAGACAAGACAUCACUUGGACUGAGCACCCACAAGACUCCAAGUUUACCUUUUUACCAAGCUGGUUUACUGACCCAGACCAACAGGGAAACAGUGGCAGUAAGCUGGAAACAAGUGCAUCUUCUUGAUAGUUCAGUCUUAGCUGAGUUUUCAGUAUAAUCAGAUUUUGAACUGUGACAUAUUUCUAUUUAUUAAGGAUUGUAUUUAAUGGUACUUUAUGCUGAAACUAUAAAGUUGUUUGUCCCAGAAGACAAGGCAACAGGUUUAAGUGUGAAGGCAAUUUUGCAAAAUAGUUAAGAUCAGGUACUGCUUACUUCAUUUUACAUAAAUCUGCUUUUAGGAUCUUUCUCCUUUACAACAUCCAUGUUAUAACCUCUGAUAUCUGUUAUCUCUGUUUUAUAGUAUGAAGUAAUUGUUAUACAUGAACAGAAAACAUCAACUGCAACACACCUGUUCAGACUGUCAACUCUCUGUGGUUGUUCUAAGGCUGUUAGAGUUGUAUGGAUACUAUUUGUGAAGCAUUAAUUUUGAUAAUUGUACCUGUCCAUACAGUGUAACAGUAAUCUUUCUGAAAAGUCCUAAAAUUUUUUUUCCACCCCAAACAUAAGAUGUGGCAUAUUUAUCGUCAAGCUUCCUUUUUCUCUCCUAAUUUUUGUGCUGCACUUUCAAACAUAGCUUGUGCUUCCUGAGCUGCUUUUCUUGCUUUCUUUGAAGAUUCUUCUUUCUCUCUAUCUUCUUCCAAACACCUUUUGUAGUUCUGAAAAGGUAAUCUGGCUGAUUCCACCAAAGGCUUGGUGAUGGGAACAGUGGCUUGCCUUCAUUUUUUGUAACCACAUCAUUGGUUAACCUCAGACCAUUGACUGAUUGGGUAGUUAGUAGGGCUCUGUCCUGAGUGACUGUCCUCUUGUUGACAUAUAGACUUCUUACAACAUCUGCAUUGCUGAGGAUUAAGCAAAGGCAUGCUUUCACAAAUUGAAGCCUGCCUGUUCCCAAUUUUAUGUUGAGGACAUUCCUCCAGUAAUGAUCAGUGCGGACAUUUGAUGCCUUAUUGUUAAUGUACCAGUGUAAAGUCAUAGUAUUGGGAAGUCCUUUUCUGUUGGCCCUCACUAUAUCACAAGUGGGUGUGGACCUUCUCACACUUUUGUUAAAAUUAUCCUUGUAUCUUGUGUAAAAAUAAUCCUUGUAUAAAUGGUGGCCUUUAUCUAAAAAACAAUUCGUGACAGACAUAAUGACAUCAUGUGUAGCACCAUUGUUAGUUCCGUUUUCAUCUUUUCUGGUGUAGACUUGUAAGUUACUGACAUAGCCAAAUAUUGCCUUCUGGUUCCUUUGUCAGCCUUUUCAGCUGUGCGUAUGUGCUUUUUGGGUUCUAGUCAACCUUUGGUUCGUUUCUCACAGUAACCAAUAUUGUAUGUGGGAUUGAACUAACUUCGUUGUUCAGUGGGUAUGGUGGCAGUGCAGGUAGAUCCUCAUAAGUAAAGUAAACUACUUCUAUGUGUAACUGGGCUUAUUUGUUAUUAUGUUGCUACUUGGGUUAGAUCUUCAGCCAUAGAAACAAAACAGUGUGUAGUCCUCAAGGACUUCACACUUGUCAGGUGUUGUAACCCCUCAGAAAACUCAUUCUUAAAUUCUCGACCUUUGAUCAGGGUGGAUUCUUUCUGGAAAGCCAUACCAGAAAACAUGGUCGUUAAAAAUCUUGUCCGCAGCAGUCUGCCCCAACGAGUUUGUAGUGGCAUAAGCAAUUGCGAAUCUAAUGAAAUGGUCCACCACAACCAGGAAGUACUGGUAUCCACCCUUGCAGGUUUCCAGAGGAAGGAAGUCAAUUGAUAUCAUUUGGAAUGGAUACUUCGUCUCAGUAGGUUGCAGUGGUGCCAAAGCUUUUUAGUUUGGUGGUUUGUCCUUUAAACACUUACACAAGUGCUUCACAAAGUGAUCAAUAUCUCUUGCCAUGUGGGGCCAGUAGAAGCAGUUUUGGGCAAGAGACAAGACUUUGUCUGUUCCCAAGUGCCUAUGAUUCAUGUGUAACUCUUCCAGAACAAUUGGAUGGAACUCUUUUGGAAGUACAAUCUGGUGACUUCUUGUUCCUGAUGGGCACCGUGUUACCCGUCUCAAAACACCAUCUUCACCAACUGUUAAUAUCUCCCAUCUUUGGAGUAAAGUCUUACAUUCAGGAGAUAAAUGUUUCACGGACCUGUGACUUGCUUUUGUGCCCAAUUCUACCAGCUUUUUCACAAAUAGAUUUUGGAUAUUCUCUUGACCUUACCUAGGGGCUGGUGGUGCAGAUACUGUGGUAACCAGUCUCCAUCGAUGUCCACCAUGUUAACAUUCACUGGGAUUAAAUGGAGAAUCCUCCUGGCUAUGAACGGCCACCAUCUGUAACUGCCGUUCACCAAAUUUCAAGUUGGCUAAGUACGAGAUUGAAGAGAUCAGUUACAGUGGACUCCAUCUUGAUGCAGAAGAUGCAGCCUCAUUAUGAUACCUCUAAGUUGAGGGUUCAAGUUAUAAAAAAUAAACUUGGACAUUCUCAAACAAAAAAAUGUGUGACCUUUCCGAGCCACUGCAUUUAUCACUUGCAUCUAAAAACAUUUGUGGUUCACUGUUAUAUAUGUACAGUACUCAUCCAAAAACCCAGGACUGUCCUUCCUACAACAGCACCUUCGAAAUAAUAAUAAAUACCAAACUGUUCUACAAAUAAUGCAGCAUGUCAGAGUAAAAUCUCUAAAUAGAACUGCCACAUAUUUUACAUAAUGACAAAAUUACCUUGCUUGGAAUAAUAAUAAUGUGAGAUAUAAUAAAUCAUGUGAAUUAAAAGUGAAAAUCUUAUAUCCCGUUCACACUACAAUCUGAAAUAUCCUAAUAUUUGCAAUGCAAAUUACGGGUGAAAAAUCUGAUUCGGUUGUCUGGCCACACACAGCAAAGGGAAACUGAAUUGUGCACUGAAAAUCCAGAUAGAGGUUCCGGUUUGAAGAAUCGCGCUUGCGCAGAAUCUAUGAAAAUCUUGGGCUAUGUCAUUGUAGACAUGCUGAUUCCUCUUCUUUGUUAGGCUUUUUUGGUGCUUAUCCUACCUCCAUAUGUCAAUCAAACAAGAAAUUUCUUUGUGGGUCCACUGACCUGGCAUGUUGCUUUACUUUCCCGCGAGAUUUGCUGGCGCAUUCUCGAUCAGCCUAAGCUGACCAGCCAAGGAAUCAAUACACGGUACUCAUCACUAGAAAUACUCCUUCCCAGCAUCUACCCUUGACCAGGUCGUACCCCUCCUGGCCAGCAACAUGGUGUUCUUACUCAACAUUGGGCCCCAGCCGGUCUAAAUACAACCGACGCCCAUUCUCCACAGUGAUCUUGAGGAUGUCUUCCCAGUCACACCCACGAAUUCUUGCCACGACUUCUGCUACUUUCCCCAGGAAAGCUGGAGUUGACUUAUUCCUUGUUGGAAAUCCGAAGUAGGGAGCAUCAGUUUCCAGCAAUAACCUUUGAGCAGGCAUCCACUGUAACAUCUCCAUUGCUCUCCUACCCCUAGACGUAUCCAUAUACCUCCUAAAGAUAGCAGUAGCUCCAAAUUCGGUAUUGGAAAAAUAUUGUACUCACUUCUCUGCCAUCCUCCUGGACCCUGUGAAACAUUGACAGUGAAUUAAUUGAUCACUUUUCCCAUUCUCAGCCAAUCAGGGAAUGUUUAAAACAUGUCCCCAAACCAGGUUAGUAGCUGAGUCAUCCUUGGGCCCUCGACAGUGGAGCACUAGUACCUGGUCUUCUCUUAGCAACGUAAGAGUUCUUUCCAGCACUUCACACUGCGCUUCCCACUGCCACGAUGAGGUGGUGAAAUCCACACCAAUCUCACCCAGAACAGACACUUCCGGGUUGCUGGCUGCCUGUUCAAACUUUGCCCAACCCUCUGGGUCAAACUCAUGUCCGGGGUGCCAACCCA